AUGUCCGGCGAGAAGAUCCUGGAGGGCUGUUUUGCCGUCCACAAGCCUCAGGGCGUCACCUCGGCCGACGUGAUUCGCAAGCUUCAACACCACUUCAAGCCCUCCGAGACCUUCAGACCAUGGCUCGAGGAGGAAAAAGCCCGCCGUGGUCGCGAGAGCGGAAACCAGCGCAGACGUCGACGCACACAGCGAUUGGAGGUCAAGCUCGGACAUGGCGGUACUCUGGAUCCGCUUGCGACUGGCGUGCUGGUUGCUGGCGUGGGCAAGGGUACCAAGUCGCUCGGUGACUUCCUGGGAUGCACCAAGGAGUACGAAACCGUUGUGCUUUUCGGCGCCGAGACUGAUUCAUACGACCGACUGGGCAAAAUAGUGCGCCGAGCUCCGUACGAGCACAUCACUCGCGAGGCGGUCGAGAAGGCUCUAGAACAAUUCCGUGGAAAGAUCAUGCAACGUCCGCCUAUUUUCUCGGCAUUGAAGGUGGAAGGCAAGAAGCUGUACGAGUAUGCGCGCGCGGGACAGCUGCCGCCCAUUGAAAUCAAAGCUCGCCCGGUGGAGGUUUUGAAGAUGGAUAUCGUGGAGUGGUAUGAGCCUGGCACUCACGAGUUCAAGUGGCCGGAGGAAGAGAUGACUGGAGAUGCCAAAAUUGUUGCAGAGAAGCUGCUUGAAAAGGAUGCCUCGGAACCGGUGGCUCCUUCGACGGAAGGCGAGACUGCGCCCCAGGAUGCCGGAGCAUCUACCAAGCGCAAGUCACCACCCCCGUCGGAUUCUCCUCAGGAGGGAGACCAAGAUGCGACCAAGAAGCAAAAGGUCUCGGAGGAUGGUGCUGCCCAACCCGCUACUGCUGAAACUACUGAGGCCGCUAAGGUCGCUGAGACCGCUGUACCGGAGCCCGCGACGUCCGAGGCUCCCACUACACACACCGAGCAUCCCAAGUCUCAGCCGGCUGCAGUGAAGAUUUCCAUGACUGUUACAUCUGGUUUCUAUGUACGCUCGCUUGCGCACGACCUAGGAAAGGCCGUCGGUAGCUGCGGUUUGAUGAGCGAACUCAUUCGCAGCCGCCAGGCUGAUUUCACCCUCGAGCCGGAGAACAUCUUGGAGUACAAGGAUCUUGACGCAGGAGAAGAGGUCUGGGGCCCGAAGGUCAAGAAGUUCCUUGCAGCAUGGGAGGAGAAGCGACUCGCCAAGGCACAGGCGGAGGCUGAAGCUCGGGGCUAG